AAGCGAAAAAUUGGUUAUUAGUGGGAGCGUGCAUGCCUCCAUUUCUGCCGCUAUAAAUACUCAUCUCAUCUCAUCAUCCACCAUCAGUCCGUGCAGUUUGGAGCCCACACACCACGAUCUCCCGUACCUUCUCUCUGCGAGAUGGGGAGGAUAAAGAGUAGUAGUGGGCGAUGCAGCACGGCGAGGCUGGAGGCGGUCGCCGUCCUCGUCGUCGUCUUCGGCGUCGCGUCGUCGUCGCUGCGAGGAUGCAUUGCGCAGCAGAGCGGAGGAGGGCUAACCAGGGGCAGCUUCCCCGAGGGGUUCGUCUUCGGCACCGCCUCCGCCGCGUACCAGUACGAGGGAGCUGUGAAGGAGGACGGGAGAGGGCAGACCAUCUGGGACACGUUCGCGCACACCUUUGGAAAGAUCACCGACUUCAGCAAUGCUGAUGUUGCAGUUGAUCAGUACCACCGUUUCGAGGAGGAUAUACAGCUCAUGGCAGACAUGGGGAUGGAUGCGUAUCGGUUCUCGAUAGCAUGGUCAAGAAUCUACCCAAAUGGUGUUGGUCAAGUCAAUCAAGCUGGUAUCGACCACUACAACAAGCUGAUCGAUGCACUUCUAGCAAAAGGAAUUCAGCCAUAUGUGACACUCUACCACUGGGACCUCCCCCAGGCCCUUGAAGACAAGUACAAGGGCUGGCUUGACAGGCAGAUAGUGGACGAUUUCGCGGCGUACGCGGAGACGUGCUUCAGGGAGUUCGGGGACAGGGUGAAGCACUGGAUCACGCUCAACGAGCCGCACACGGUGGCCAUCCAGGGCUACGACGCAGGGCUCCAGGCCCCCGGCCGCUGCUCCGUGCUGCUCCACCUCUACUGCAAGGCCGGCAACUCCGGCACCGAGCCCUACGUCGUCGCCCACCACUUCAUCCUCGCCCACGCCGCCGCCGCCAGCAUCUACAGGACAAAAUACAAGGCGACGCAGAACGGGCAGCUUGGGAUAGCGUUCGACGUGAUGUGGUUCGAGCCGAUGUCCAACACCACGAUCGACAUCGAGGCGGCCAAGAGAGCGCAGGAGUUUCAGCUAGGAUGGUUUGCUGAUCCGUUCUUCUUCGGCGACUACCCGGCGACGAUGAGGGCGAGGGUGGGGGAGAGGCUGCCGAGGUUCACGGCGGAUGAGGCCGCCGUCGUCAAGGGGGCGCUGGAUUUCGUCGGCAUAAACCACUACACCACCUACUACACGAGGCACAACAACACCAACAUCAUCGGGACAUUGCUCAACAACACCUUGGCAGACACCGGCACCGUCAGCCUCCCAUUCAAGAAUGGGAAGCCAAUUGGAGAUAGGGCAAAUUCGAUAUGGCUGUACAUUGUGCCCCGAGGGAUGAGGAGCCUGAUGAACUAUGUCAAGGAAAGGUACAACAGCCCACCAGUGUACAUCACUGAAAACGGGAUGGAUGACAGCAACAACCCGUUCAUUUCCAUCAAGGACGCCCUCAAGGACAGCAAGAGGAUCAAAUACCACAAUGACUACCUCACCAAUCUGGCUGCUUCCAUCAAGGAGGACGGGUGCGACGUACGUGGGUACUUCGCGUGGUCUCUGCUGGACAACUGGGAGUGGGCGGCCGGAUACUCCUCGAGAUUCGGGCUCUACUUCGUGGACUACAAGGAUAACCUCAAGAGAUACCCCAAGAACUCGGUGCAGUGGUUCAAGGCCCUCCUGAAGACCUGAACUCCAGCUGAGAAGUAGUGCUACAAUAGUUUGGGCGCCAUUUCCAUACAUCCGAUAGAUUUAUUGGUCUGCACAUAUACGAAUAUACGAUACCCUGCAUAUCUCGGAAAUGUUUUGUGGUUUUUGUUUUGUUUGUGAUACGAUAGAAUGUAUCACUGAAUCGUCUGGUCUGUUAGCACACGAGUGAAAAGGGGUAGUACUGCACUCUGCACCUUGUCAGCUUCAAAUUGGAAGUCCGGAUUCGGCUAAUGCAGAGGGUGGCAUUAGCUCCAAUCCUAUCCAUCUAUCUCUAUUCAACGGCUGUGAUUAGUUAAACAUCUUUCUUAUUUUUGCUGUUCGUAUAUUUUGACAGGGAGGAGAUGGUUGCAAGUCUGAGCGUUCAUGGUUCUUGCAUGUUUGAACUGACUUGUAUCAAAAACUCAAGUCAAAAAUUGUGAGUUACUGUUCU